AAAUUGCUAGAAAGUGAGUGCAUGCCAGCUUUUUAUGACCUUUUUCUUGAUUAUCCUCUUCACACAUGUCUUCCAUUAUUACUUACAUCAUCACUUGCCCCACUUUGCCCCUCCUGCCCGACAGCCCUAUAUAAAAGCCUCCCUUUCUAUUCGGUCACUUCUUGAAUCGCUGCCCGUCCUCUAUUUCUCCAUUUCCUUUCUCACUCGCUUCUCUUUCAUUUCAACGAUCAAAUUGAAAAAAAGAAAAAAAAAAGGUUCCUCCUUUUUUCUCGUAUUUUCCUUUCCUUCGCUUUUCGUUCUGGAGCUAUGAGUCUCUUUGGCCUUGGCAGAUUCCUGAAUUAUUGAUAAACCUUCAUGGGAGGUCUCUGUCCGUCUCCAAUUGCUACUUCUACAGUUUAUAGGAAGGAAAAGCUAGCUGCCAUUUCCACUUUGACGUUGUGGCUCAAAAGCAUGUAUCUUAUCUUGCUGGAAAGGAAAAUUGGGUUGUAGGACUCAUGGUGUUAUAAUCUUACUGUAUCAACUUUCACGAUGUUUGGUACAGUAGUUAUAAUGACUGUUCGGCUAACUUCUAAACUUCGUCCUUGAAUAUGUCUCAUAGGAACCAGAGGACAUUCCGGCCCAAAAAGAGCGCACCUUCUGGGAGCAAGGGGGCACAGCUAAGAAAGCACAUUGAUGCUACUUUGGGUAGUGGAAACCUGAGAGAAGCUGUAAGGCUUCCUCCAGGGGAGGAUAUAAACGAAUGGCUUGCCGUAAACACUGUUGAUUUCUUCAACCAGGUAAAUCUGCUUUAUGGCACCCUCACUGAGUUCUGUACAGCGGAGAACUGUCCCACUAUGACUGCUGGCCCUAAGUACGAAUAUAGAUGGGCUGAUGGUGUACAGAUCAAGAAACCUAUAGAGGUUUCAGCUCCCAAAUAUGUUGAAUACCUCAUGGACUGGAUUGAAUCUCAGUUGGACGACGAAUCCAUAUUUCCUCAAAGGCUUGGUGCACCAUUUCCUCCAAACUUCAAAGAUGUUGUAAAGACAAUAUUCAAACGCCUGUUCCGUGUAUAUGCACAUAUAUAUCACUCUCAUUUCCAGAAGAUUGUGAGCCUUAAGGAGGAGGCACAUCUAAACACAUGUUUCAAACAUUUCAUUCUUUUCACCUGUGAAUUUGGACUGAUUGAUAAGAAGGAGCUGGCACCCCUUCAGGAGCUUAUAGAGUCGAUUAUUGUCCCAUACUGA